CCACGUCUACUAGAGUGUGUUGUAGUCUAUAUGUGGAAACCAGGUACAAGAAAGAUGAAUUCAGCUAAAAUCAAGCUUUUGCGCUGUGAGUCCUGACGGAGUGUUUGCUUCUUUCUUCCUUGGGAUCUGAGUGGCCAGCAUCUCCAGAAUGGCAGACUGGUUUUAAAAGCAGACUGACAGUAAUCUCACAGCAGCAGAGGCGCUGACAGUCUACAUUAGUUUAUCCUGGUCACCCUCACCUAUACAAUCCGUUGGAUUUCCCUCCCUCCAUCCUCUCUCUUUGAGAAUGGAUGGUAAGCAGUCUCUUCAGGGCAGCACGAACUCCUCCUACAUUCCCACUGCCAUCUCCUCCAUGUCUGACGAAGAGCAUUCAGAAGGUGAGGCGGCGGGGGACGACACUUCCCCAUUGCUGUCCCGACUGCAGCCAGCGGGACCCCUGGAGACCCGUCGCUGCCCGGAGGACUCCUACAAUCUAGUGUACAUCAUCUUCUUCCUGAUGGGCAUCGGCUCUCUGCUGCCCUGGAAUGUCUUCAUCACAGCCAAACAGUACUGGCUGUACAAGCUCAGUAACAACUCCAGCCCCGCUGGUCAGGAGGAACCUCACAAUGACCUCAGCGAUUACUUUGAGAGUUACAUCUCCAUCGCUUCCACAAUUCCAUCAGUGCUGUGUCUCAUCCUCAACUACCUCCUGGUCAACAGGUUGUCCUCUCGGGUCCGGAUACUGUUCUCUCUCCUGGUGAUCUUGGUUGUGUUUGUGGUGACCACAGUGCUGGUGAAAGUGGACAUGUCUGGCUGUAGGAUGCAGUUUUUUGGGGGUACUCUGGCCAGUGUGGCGCUGGUCAGUGGGGCGUCCAACAUCUUCUCUGGCAGUGUGUUCGGUAUCAGUGGCCAUUUUCCUAUGAGGAUAUCUCAAGCUAUAAUAUCAGGUCAGGCCAUGGGCGGCACUUUGAGUGCAUUGGCGUCGAUAGUAGAUCUGGCUGCCUCAAGUGACGUGACCGACAGCGCACUGGUGUACUUCAUCACAGCUGACGUCUUCACUGUUAUCUGUAUCAUCAUGUACCUGCUGCUGCCCAUACUGCCUUACUCGAGAUAUUACAUGGACUUGGCUGCUGCCCCCUUUAGUGAGUCUAACAGCCACACCAGCAGCUCAGACUCGUCAGACGUAUCCGUGCCCCCCCUCAGACCCAUCCUGAAGAAGACCUGGGUGCUGGGCGCCUGCGUCUUCUACGUUUUUUUCAUCUCCAUCAUGAUUUUCCCGGCCGUCUCCUCGGGAGUCCAGUCAAUGAAUAAAGACUCUGGAAACCCUUUGACUACCACAUACUUUGUGCCUCUGACUAGUUUUUUACUGUACAAUGUUGCAGACUUCUGUGGCCGCCAGGUCACGGCCUGGUUGCAAGUGCCGGGUCCGACCAGUCGCGUGCUGCCAUUACUGGUCAUCUCCAGAACCGUCUUAGUUCCUCUGUUCAUGUUCUGCAACUAUCAGCCGCGGUAUCACCUGCACAAUGUAUUUUUUGCACAUGACCUCUUCCCCGUGGUCUUCAUCUGUCUGCUUGGGAUUUCUAACGGGUACCUGGGCACACUGCCCAUGAUCUACGGGCCCAAAGUCGUGCCGCGGGAGCUGGCUGAACCUGCAGGUGUCGUCAUGUCCUUCUUCCUCACGCUUGGGCUAGCUGUGGGUUCAGCCGUCUCUGUGGCGCUCGUUCACUGUAUCUGAGUCUGUAAGACAGGCUGCCCUUCAGACUUUUAAAAGGAUUGCCUCAGGACUGAUCAUUUACACUACAGCACACCAUUUUUUUCUCAUAUUUUUUUGUUACAGUUUUUAUGCAUUUUAAUGGUCCUAAUGACAUGUAUAGGUUUUUUCUUUAUUUUAUUCUUUUACUUUUUUUAUUUUUAUUGUCAUCUUUUAAUAGAAUAUAUGUGGUCAUGUUCGGGGCCAAUUUAGACCUUUUAUAAUAAAAUAUUUGUAUAAAAAGAA